CUGAUCAACAAGACGAGCACCGCAAUGCCACAGCAGUAUCUAUCUCUGGGCAGUAGUGAAGCAACGAGGAUCCAUCUGGAGCUGCCUCUGGAAGAGAAUCUGGGGAAAGAAAUCGAGUACUUUGUCAGGCUGAGCCGCUUGGGAGAAUAUGGUGAAGCGCAGUCCUACUUCGAUUGUACUUUGAGGCAGCACGUGGACUUCUUUCCGGUCAUUGCCGAAUAUGCAGACAUGCUGGUUCAGCAGGGGGCUUUCAAGGCACUGUACCAGUUUGUCGACGGCCGGUUGGAGACUUUAGGCGAGAGACUUGACAACGAGGAAGAACGGCUGCUGCGGCUUCUGAAGGACCUGGCGCGCAUAUAUGUUCUAGGAUCCUUGCGUCCAGCCCUGCGCGCGGCGUGGGAGACGUUGGGCUACCUGAGGCGGUUGCAGACCCAAGACAGCCCAAGUGAUAUCCAGGUCCACUUGUACGAGACAUAUCUCCACAUCAUCACCUUCCUUUACAGUCGCACCCUAUGGGUUGGCGUGGACAAUGUAGACUGUCCCUUUCUGCCUAGAAAUGUCACGUCCAUCGAGGUAUUAAUGCGAUGGUACACAGUACUUCGCAACAGUGGCCUCUUCUGGGAAGCCUAUCGAUCCCUCAAGGCCAUCAGCCCACUUCUGUCCAGUGGGCCGGUCCGCCUCUAUGAUGCAUUAAUCGAUGAGGUUCUCCCAAUGGACUCGCCCACUCCUCAUCUUUGGGCUGAAGGGAUGAUCCAGUUACAGUGGGCUCGUUGCAACCUAGACUGUGCUGUCCUACACAGAACCGCCAUGAACCAGCAAAGCGUGGCCCUGGGUCUUUACCACAAGGGCAGGGGUUGUCUGACUGUGGCGCAGAGGAUUUUUGCCUGCGUCAAGGCCCGGAGUGAGAUUACAACCUGGCCGCCAGACCUGAAACUAGUGACUUUUGACUUCGACCUAGCGCACGACAAUCUCAACGGUGGCGACUCUAGAUUAGGGCCCGCCUCGCUGGAUGUACUGGGCGAUCUUCUGUUCGAGACGAAUGGCCAGAGCAACCACCGUCUGGAGAUUCUCGUCCGCCUACGAGCAUUUUUCCAUGACAUGGAUGAUCCCGGCCAGUGGCGCGAUUUGCAUAGUAUCUUCGAGCUGCUAAAGCGUGAGGGUCACUACGUGACCUUCGUGGGGCUGUGGGAUAUUAUGGCGCAGUGGUCCAUGGGGAUUCUGGACAAUCGCGAUCUCGGAGGCUGGGCGCAUCUCUCACACCUGGAGUCAUGUACGGUGCUGCGCCUCAUCCGUCGAGGCGCAGGCAUCCGCCCGGAUCGGUCCCUGCAAUCAUUGCUCUAUCAGCACAGUCCCCGACUUCGUUGGAAAGACAGGAGCUGGGAGCGUUACUGGCCAUAUAGUCAGGCGAUAAAUCCCGAAGACUUGGAUCGAGCGUGCGUGUUUGACCUGCCCAGCUACAUCGCCUGGGGGCCUAACAGGCCAGAUGAUCGGUCGCGGCGACUCACAGAUCUUGAACCAGGCGGGGCCAUGGAUUCAAGGACUUACGCCGUUCUCAAAGAAAGGGAGAUACGCCAGCUACGUCUGGAGGAGGAGCCCCCACAUGGUCUUGGUCCUGCGCGGUCCCAAUUGUCGCUGGUGACGGGGUUUCCGUCUCCGAGGCGAAGAAUGGCCCCUUCUCAGGAGCAAGCUGCCGACAUCACCCGAGAGUUUCCUACACCCCUGGAGAUUUAUAAUGCCAUUCCAGAAUCUGGGAUCUCGCGUCAUCACUUGUUCGAGUGUUUUCAGCAUCGAAUUGGAUCUAGGCAAGCCGAUCUCGACAGAUUCGAGGCCAUCGUUCAGAAUGUUUCCAUCUUUGGAAAGGGGGAUCAAUUGUUGCGGCCGGGUAGACUGGAGAUGGAGUUGUAGGGAGGAUGGGCGCGUCGUGAGAAGAAGUCGAUUGACUGCGCAUGCAGUGCUGCCUGGUUCCUCUGAGAAGUUUGUCCAAGUAUGAAAUGCUGCAUAUUCCGAUAUAUCUUCGUCA